CGGUUGUAGCAUAGCCAAGCAUUUGAAAAGGGGCUUCGACAGGCACGUUUGCCCCAGCACAGAGCGAUAACCAUGCUGCACGCGCUCGCUGGGCACACCCAAAUGUUGUCAUUGAUACAACUGUAGUCUUACAAUUCGUUGGAUGUAGAUUUUACCUUUGGACAGUGUAAUAGGUGCUCGGCUGAGCCAGGAGCCGCCAAGCCACAGCAUUGGCGGAGCACGAUAGGCGCAUUUCGCUCGGCGCAGAUACAUACUUUGCUAUCAAAAGCAAAUUCUCAGGCAAACGCUCCAGCGCGAGCAGAGACUGGUCCAGGGGGCUAUGCGCCUGCAAGCAGCGGGACCGGUUUGUACGCGGCGAGGCGCGUGAGCUGCGCACCCGCGUCUCCGAAGCGUCCUCGCCCCACCUGAGCAAGGGCCGCUGGCUCGCGCUGCUGCAGCGCUAUGAUACCCCUCGAUCCCAGCAGCCGUUGCUGGGCGUGCGCCGGUUCCACGGCCGCUCACCCCCUGGCCACCACCCCGACGUCGCCUGCUGCUGCCUCCACAGCGGCGGCGUCUGGCCGGCGGCACACACCCGAGCUGCGGCCACCGUUGCCUCGCCUGUGGCCUGCUGCGCCCUGCCCGGCACCCUCGCUUGCUCCAUACACCGCUGGCUGCGCCGGCAGCCGCAGCGGCAUCACUAGCAGCAGCAGCAGCAGCAGUGGCGGUCGGCGGGGCAACCUGCUGAGGGACCUGCUGAGGGCACGAGGGCGGCCGCCGCCGCGUGGCCCGCCGGCAGUAGCAGCGGCGGUGGCAGGGGCGCCAAGCAGCUGCUACGCAGGCACCGUUGGCGGCAGUAGCAGCAGCCGCGCCAGCAGCGGCGCCCCGGGUCGUGCCCCGCUGAGUCUAGCUGCGGGCGGUGGCGGCGGGCUGUGGGAGGCAGCGGCUGCACGGGCCGCAACAGCGCCUCUGGCGGCGGUGGCCUCCACCUCGGCCGCGGCGUCGCCAUCAGCUGCAACCCGCCCGCACGUGCCCUCGGCUGUACAGGGGUCGGGGCACGGGGCAGGACACGGGGAGGGGCUGCACGCGCCCACUGUGGGUAGUGGGGAUGAGGGCCCGGGCCCGGUUCCGGGUGUGCAGGUGCAGGUGGGUGCGGCCGCCGUGUCGGGCGGCUGGGGGGUCUCGCUGGCUGGCAGUGCCACCACCAGCACCAGCAACGGCAGUAGCAGAGGCGGAGGUCGCCACAGUAGCAGCAGCAGCAGCAGCAGCAGCAGCAGCGGGCAGGCAUCCGGGUCAGGGCACUCACGGCGUCACGCCUGGGCCGCACCAGGCGUCAGUGACGGCGGCGGCAGUAGCAUCGGCGGCGGCGGCGGCGGGCGCGGCGGCGGUGGCCGCGGCAGUAGCAGUAGCAGUGCUCCCACGGGGCCUGCUCGGCCAGUCCAGCUGUUGGGCGGCGCCGCCCUCACACGUGCCAUCAAGAGCUGUGCCUCGCCCGCCCAGCUGCAGCAGCUGUAUAGCACCCACAGCGGCAGUAGCGCGAGCAGCAGUGGCGGUGGCAGUAGCACUCACACUAGAAGCGGCAGUACUGGAAGCAGCAGUAGCAACCUGAACGACCUGCACCUGCUGGCCAUGCUCACCCAGCUGGCCCAGCUGUCCGCCUCUGCCGCCACUGCUGCCACUGCCAAUGCCGCCACUGCGACUGCGACUGCUACCGCUGCCUCUUCCUCCGCCGCCGCGGCGGCCCGGCAGGGGCCCAGCGGUAGCAGCAAGCAGCAGCCGGCUCCUUGGCACGGGGCACAGGCGGCGAAGCAGGGUGAGGGCCGGGGUGAGGGCCGGGGCCGGGGUCAGGCCGCCGCCGCCGCCCUAGGUCUGGACCUGGACCUGGGUUGGCGCCUCGCCACAGAGCUGGGCCAGCGGGCGGCCGCAGCGGAGGCAGAGGCGGCGGGGCCGGGAUCGGCGGGGCCCGGGGCAGCGCCCAUGCGCGGCAGUAGCAGCGCCGGAGGCAGCAGCAGUAGCAGCAGCGCAGCCAGGAGCAGCUACGGGCAGCAGAAGCAGCAGCCUCACGUGCUGCUACAGCCCCGGGCGGCUUCCAACGCCAUGUGGGCUGUAGCUCGGCUGGGGCUGCGGCUGCGUGCUAGCUGGUGGGAGGCACAGGCGGGCCGGCUGAUGCCCGGUGGCGGAGGCGGGAGCGCGGCGGCGGCGGCGAUGCAGGAGGAGCAGGGGGAGCAGGAGGGGCCCACGGGUCGCGACCUGUCCAAUGCCCUGUACGCACUAGGUCUGGCGGCGGCGGCGGCUGAGGCGGCAGCGGAGGCUGAGGCGGGCGGGAGCGGCGCUGGGAAUGGGGAGGCGGGCGGCACGCUCGGCGGCAGCGGCGGCGGCUCGGCGGCGGCUGGGCGGUACGUGUGUCGGCUGCGGGUGGUGGGCCAGCGGCUGGUGGCGGCGCGGUGCACCCGGCAGCGGCUGCAGUCCUGCCGCGCCCCCGAGCUGAGCUCGCUGCUGUACGGCUGCGCGCUGCUGCGGCUGCGGCCCCCGCCCGGCUGGCUUGACGCGGCGUUCGGGCCGGCCCUGCUGUGCCGCAUGGCGCCCGCGCCCGCGCCUGCAGGUGCGCCUGCGGGUGCUGGGGCGGUUGCUGGUGCUGGGGCGGGCGGCGGCGCCCAGGAGGCGGGCCCUGCUGGUGGUGAUGAGGCGGGGCCUGCUGCUGGUGAUGAGGCGGGGCCUGCUGCUGGUGAUGAGGCGGGGCCUGCUGCUGGUGAUGAGGCGGGGCCUGCUGCUGGUGAUGAGGCGGGGCCGCAGGUGGUGGCCAACACACUGUGGGCGCUGCAGCAGCUGCUGGCGCCGGCCCGGGCGGAGCAGGAACACCCGCAGGAGGGCCGCCCGCAGCAGCAGGAGCAGGGUGGCGAGGCAAGGCAGGAGCAACAGGGGCAGCAGGCGCCGCGGCAGCUGUGGUGGGCGCUGCUGGAGCGCAGUCGGCAACAUAUGGAGGCGACGUGCGUGCAGCAGCAGGGGCAGGGGCGGGGGCAGGCGGCGGACGGCAAAAGCACUAGCAGCCGUGGAGGUCUGUCGCCGGAACUGCUGGCAACGGUGUUGGGGUCGCACCUGCUGUCCAGCGGCAGUAGCAGCGGCAGUAGCAGUCCUAGGCCCGCUGCGGCGCGGCAGGCGGCGGCGGGGCCCCUCACGCCCCGGUCUCUGGCGGCGAUGGCCAGCGGCCUGUCCCUACUGCUGCGGCUGCGGCGCCCCACAGCCGGCACCUCUGGGGCUGCUGCUGCCACCGCCUCCCCCUCCUCCUCCAUCCCCGCCCCCGCCGCCGCUGCCGCCGGCUCGGGACUGUGGCCGUUGGUGUAUGCGUCGGCGGCUCGCAUGCUGGUGCAGAGCCGGACACCGCCGCCUGCGCCAGCCGCCGCCGCCGCCGCCGCCGCCUCCUCCUCCUCCUCCAGCAGUACUGUGGCUUCGGCCUCCAAGCGGCCGCCGCAGUGGCGGCGCUGGGACCCCCGUGACGCCUACGCCCUGCUGUCGGCGGCAGCGGAGGCUGCGGAGGCGGAGGAGGCGGAGGCGAAGGCUACAGCUACAGCCGGCACGCAGGCGCCGGUGGGCGGGCGGGGCUCCCGCUCCCGGCCGCCUCCUGAGCUUGUGGAGGCGUUACUGCUGCAGCUGCAGCUACAGCCGCAGUCGCGCAGUAGCCUGAAGAGCACAAGCAGCAGCAACAGUGGCGGCGGCGGCUGUAGCGAUGAUGUGUUGGUGGGCUGUGUGGCGGCGCUGGCGCGGCUGCGGUACGUGCCGUCCCGUCAGCUGCUGGCGGCGCUGGCGGCGGCGGCGCGGCGGCGGCUGUGCGGACUGAGCCCCGACAGGCUGAGUCAGAUGCUGUGGGCCAUGGCGCGGCUGGGCGUGCGCCUGGGCGGCCCGGGCACCCCCGGCGGCGUCGACGGGUCUGGCGAGGCGGCGGCAGUAGCAGCGGGCCGGCGGCUGGUGGAGGCGCCGCCGCCGGCCACCGCCUCUUCGGGCGCCGCCACUGCCGCUACUGCCGUGCCGCCGCCGCUGCUGCCAGCGCGCACCGCGGUGCAGCUGCUGGUCGCGCUGCGGGGGCUGAGGCUGGCGGGGCCGGGCCAGCUGCCAGCGUCGCUGCGGCGGCGGCUGGCGGCGCAGCUGGUGGCGCCGGCGGCGGCGCAGCUAGGCAGGCAGCUGCAUGACUUGGGCCGGACUGACGGCGGCGGUGACGGCGGCGGCGGCGGCGGCGGCGGCCUCCGGGCGCUGCCUAACCAGGCCGUUAGGGAGGCCGCCGCGCUGCGGGAGGUGGUGCGGCAGCUGGCGGCGCUGACGUCAGCGGCGGCCUGGCUGGCAGACCCCUGUGAGCCGCCGCCGCCGCCGCCUCAGUCGCAGUCGCAUUCGGCGGCAGCGGCCGGCAGCCGACCACUGCGGCUGCGAGGCGAUCCGCUCAGGCGCCGGCUGCGGCUGGCUAGGCGCCCGUCCCCGUCCCCGUCUUCGUCCCCGUCUUCGCCUUCGUCCUCGUCCUCUUCGUCCGUGGCAGCGGCCGGCGGCGGCGUCGCCAAGGCGGUGGCGCGGGGGCCUCGGGGCGCAGGCACGGCGCGGGGACCCCUGGGCACUGCCGCUGCACCUCUGCGGCGAGUGCUGUGGGGGGCGGGCCGCCAGGUGCUGAGGGCGCAGCAGCGGCUAGCGGCGGCGGCAGCAGCAGCGGCGGGUGCGCCACAGGCGCAGACACGGGCGGGGGCUGCCGCGGUGGCGCUGCCGCUUCAGGACGUGUGCGUCUACCUGUCAGGCCUACGGCGACUGCACAUGCCGCCGCCGCCCUCGCUGGCGGUGCCGCUGAUGCAACGGCUGGAGCAGCAGCUGCUGGCGGCAGAGGGGGAGGCGCAGGCGGAGGCGGCAGUGCCUGCCCGCGCGCCGCCCAGCACGGCCAGCACGGCCGCCCCCCCCUCCGCCAGGUGUCUGGUGUACCUGGCGGUGGAGCUGUCCCACAUGGGGCCACUGGGGCCACUGGGGCCACUGGGGCCACUGGGGAAGGCACAGGCGGGGGGGCAGCAGGUGCCCGUGCAGGUGCAGGUGCCGGUGAGGGGCCGGCUGGCGGCGGCACUGCAGUCACUGCUGCGGCUCAGGCUGAUGUCGGCAGCAGCAGCAGCUGGCGCGGCGGCGGCGGGCGGUCGGUCGCAGCUGCUGUCGCUGUCGUUGUCGCUGUCGCUGUCGCUGGAUGAGGUCGCCACAUUACUGCAGGCGCUGAGGCGGCUGGCACGGCGGCGGCGGCGGCAGCAGCAGGGGGAGGAAGGGCAGCCGCAGCAGGCGGCGGUGCGGCCGGAGCUGCUGGCGGCACUGCUGCGGCACAGCGCCGCCGCCGCCGCAGACAUGGCUCGCAGCAGCAGGGCCCGCACCGCCGCCAUGGCCACUGCCGCCAGCGGCCAGGCGGCGGCGGCAGCUGCUGACGCCGCCACCAGCCGCCGCGGCGCACGGCGCGCACACGCCUCCGCCGUGGCCGCGGCGGCGGCCGACGCCGAGGCGGCGGCUGCGGCCGCGGCGGCGGAGGCGGCUCAGCUGGUGCGGCUGGCGGCGGCGGUGGCGGCGGUCCUGCCGGAGCUGCCUGAGGGCUCCUCAUCGAGUGCAGAGGCAGCAGAGGCUGCGGAGGUGCGGCGUGCGGCUGGGGAGUGGCGGGCGGCGCUGGCGGCGGCGCUGACGUGCAAGCUGCAGCUGGCAGCGGCGGCGGGGCCGGGCUGUGAGGUGCUGGCGGCGGAGCUACUGCCGGAGCUGGGCCGACUGGCGGCUGUAGCAGACGGCCGGGCGGGCUGGGUGCAGGCCGAUGUCAAGGAGCGCCUGCUGCCUGCCGCCUACGACGCCGCGGCUCGCUGGCUGCUGCCGCCGCCGCCACGGCCCGGCGCACCGCCGCCGCCGCCGCCCGCGCUGCCCGCCGUGUGCCGCCUGCUGGACCGACUGCUGCCGCUGGCGCAGCCGGGGGUGGGCAUGGAGGCUUCGGCCCCUGCCUUCCCCUCCACCUCCUCCUCCUCCGCCACCUCCGCCUCCUCCUCCUCCUCCUCCUCGGCCUCCUCCGUGUGUGUGCCGCUGCCUGCGGCUCUGUGGCUGGCCGUGUACCGCUCCACCUUCCGGACCAUGCAGCUGCGCAUGCAGCAGGCGGCGGUGGCGGCGGAGCGGGCAGCGGCGGGCCGGGCGGGCGCUGUCGGCGCCGGUGCUCAGCACAGGCACAGGGGCGCGGGGCAGCGGCAGCGGCUGGCUAUCGACAGCACGACGGCGGGUGACUCCGGGCCGGAGGCGGGGGCGGCUAAGGCGGGGGCGCGCAGCUCUGCCGCCGGUCGCGCCCAGCCGCUGUCGCCGCUGUCACCACUGCCUCUGUCGCGGCCGCUGCUGCCGGCGGCCCAACUGGUGGGGCUGGCCUACAGCCUGGCGCGACACCCGCCGCCGCAGCCGCCGCCGCAGAGGUGGAUGCGGCUGCUCAUGCAGGGUGUGGAGGCUGACGUGGGCAGCCUGGGCGCCCGCGAGUGCGCCGACCUGUGUGUGGCGCUGGUGCGGCUGGGCGUGUCGCUGCCCAGGGGGGCCGGCAGUGGCAGUAGCAGUGGGAGCAGUAGCAGUAGCAGUGGGGGCAGUGGAGGCAGUGGCAGUAGCAGUGGGGGCAGUGCCAGCUGGCUGCGUGCCUUUGUGCGGCAGGUGGAGCUGAGUCGGGCGCUGACGGAGCGGGCGGAGCAUGAGCUGCUGGGGGAGGCCUGGCUGAGGCUGCGGAGGGCAAGCAGCAGCGGGGGCAGGUAGCGGGCCCAGGUCGGGAGAGGGGCAGGUCAGGGGUCAGAGGUCUAGGCAAGGUCGGAAGAGGGCGGCGUGAGCGAUAGCGUGCAUUGUGGUAGGUAGAAUCAAUGGAUGUAGGACAACGACAAAUGCACAGCAAGCGUGUAACAGUAACAGAGAAAUGUAAGCGUGAAUGGAA